CUUGUCAGAUGUUGGGCAUGGGAAGGGAUCCCUUGAAUUAACAUGUUAUAUCAGGUUGCCCAUGAAAACCAUGGUUUCAAAGUAACUAUCUCCUAUCAUCAUUUCAACGUAACAAAGAAAGAGAAAGAUGCCGUCGACUACAGUUGGCCAGGUUAUCCGAUGCAAAGCUGCGAUAGCAUGGGAAGCUGGGAAGCCGCUGGUGAUAGAAGAGGUAGAAGUGGCACCACCACAGGCAAUGGAAGUUCGUUUAAAAAUUCUCUUUACUUCCCUCUGCCACACUGAUGUCUACUUCUGGGAAGCUAAGGGGCAGACACCAUUGUUCCCUCGCAUCUUUGGCCAUGAAGCUGGGGGGAUUGUGGAAAGUGUUGGAAAAGAUGUGACGGAACUCAAACCAGGUGAUCAUGUGCUCCCUAUAUUCACUGGUGAAUGUAAGGACUGUUCCCACUGCAAAUCAAAGGAAAGCAACUUGUGUGAACUCCUUAGGAUAAACACUGAUAGAGGAGUGAUGAUCAACGAUGAGCAAUCGAGGUUCUCCAUCAAUGGAAAACCCAUCUACCAUUUUUUAGGAACCUCCACUUUCAGUGAAUACACUGUCGUUCAUGUUGGUUGCGUUGCCAAGAUCAACCCAAAUGCUCCUCUUGAUAAAGUUUGCGUUGUUAGUUGCGGAAUCUCGACAGGUCUUGGUGCCACUUUGAAUGUUGCAAAACCUCCAAAGGGUUCCACUGUUGCUAUUUUCGGAUUAGGAGCAGUCGGUCUUGCGGCUGCCGAAGGGGCAAGAAUCUCUGGGGCCUCAAGGAUCAUUGGGGUAGAUUUAAAUUCGGAAAAAUUUAAUGAAGCUAAGAAAUUUGGAGUUACAGAAUUUGUAAAUCCGAAAGAGCACGAUAAACCUGUUCAAGAGGUUAUCGCCAAGAUGACUGGUGGAGGAGUAGACCGUAGCGUUGAAUGUUCUGGCAACAUUAAUUCUCUUAUAUCUGCCUUUGAAUGCGUUCAUGAUGGUUGGGGUGUUGCUGUACUAGUUGGCAUACCUCACAAAGAUGCUGUGUUCAAGACCAACCCCUUAAAUGUGUUGAGUGAGAGGACUCUAAAGGGAACGUUUUUCGGAAACUACAAACCACGUACCGAUAUUCCUGGAGUCGUCGAAAAGUAUAUGAAGAAGGAGUUGGACUUAGAUAAGUUUAUAACACAUGAAGUACCAUUCUCUGAGAUCAACAAAGCUUUUGAUUACAUGCUCAAAGGGGAGGGUCUUCGGUGCCUCAUUCGCAUGGAUGGAUAGAGAUUGAAUAAAGCAUGUGUUGGACUGUUGUUAGUUUCUUUCCAUUCAUUCAUAAAUUUCUUGUUAUAAGAAAAUUUAAAGUUGUUUGUAAAUAAUUAAAAUUUCGAACAGCAGCGUUCUUAUUUUGUUUCGUAUCAUAUUUUAAGUGACAUUGAUUUUUUCUUAUUGAAUUUUAUGGGUUAUGGUAUCAUAUAAGUUCUAUCCAUACAUUCUUAGCAGGUAAAUUUAUUUGCAUAAUUAAAAUAUGUCCAUAUAAGAUAAUUACAACCAUGCAAAUAAAGGGCCUACAAAUUGAAAUGCAUGGAGCCACCCUGUAGGCCCACAUUUUAUUUUCCAACUCACAAUGAGAACCAUAUAUCUGAAUAUAUGAGCCUUAUGUGAACCAAUGAAAGGAUAGUGAAUUUAUU